GGCCUUGGCAUGGUGCUCCUGGAGCCGCAGGUGAGUCGCGUGGUCCCCUCCCCUGGUGGCCUUCAUGCGUCCAUGUUUGGUGCUCGGACUGGAAAGACUGAGCACACAGCCCGCGCCUCCUCUCUGCCAUGCCCUACGUGCUGGGCUGGCCCCGCAGCCGGCCAAGGAAGGCUGCACUGGCGUAACCAGAGCCGGCCCUGGGCGAGCGGGCUGAGAACUGUUUGCAAGGCUGUGUUGAAGCUGCCUGCUCACGGGACCACCCUCCAGGCUUGACCUUGAACUUGUUCUAAGGGUCUCUGUUGCAUACUCUGCACCUGCGCCCUCAGCCCAGAGGACGCGAUGCUGGAUCAAUGAGUGCAUGCGUGGGUGGAUGGGCAGGCAGCGGAAGCUGGAAAGAGAAGUGGAGAAGCACAAGGUGUUUGAAGACUACCUGAUCCAGGUGCUUGGGAAAAUCCCCACGGGCUGCAAGGCCCCGGGGGAGCCCGAGACGGCGCUGGUGAAAGGCUUGGUCGAACACUACGGGCAGCUGCUGUCAGCCAGGCAGGACGUCCAGGCACGGCUGCAGGCCUUCUCCCAGAUGAACCAGGACGUGCACCAGAGGCUGCAGUCCCUGGAAGACAGCCACAGGGCUCUCAUGCCGCCCAGAGCCACCUCAGCCAGCAGCUCAGCACAGCACAGCUGCUCAUCAACAGUAUGGCCCGGCGGUGCCACCCCGGCCCCCACCGCAAGCCCGAAAGCGUGGGCCUCUUCUCCCAGCUUGAGCUGAUCAAGGAAUUUAUAUUGGACAAGAUGGAGACGGUGAGAAUCCUCUCGCUGCUCGCGGAACCCAGAGAGUGCUGGUCGGGGGACAGCCUCAAGAGCCACAGGCCCGGAAGUUCCCCCAGGUCCUUUAGGAGGGGCGCGGGCAGCCAGCACCCAACUCCCAGAGCCCCGUUUCCCAGCGCCCAGACCUCGGGGCGCUCCAGCCCCUGCUGAGCGGGCGCGGCCUCGCGGGCUCUGCAGCAACACAGCCAGCUCCUCAGCGCCUCCCUCGGCCUGCUUGCUGCGCCACCUCCGUCCCCAGGGGUGGGAGAGGGGGCAGCGAGAGGGCUGGGACUGAGGGGGUCUUGCUCCCCGCCCUGGGGCUAUCAGCAGCGGUCAAGGUGGGGCUUGCCCAGGACUGAAGCAGCAGGGAGGAGGGGAGCGCCCUGGGUCCCAGGUGAGACCACACGCUCCUAAAUCCCAGGAUCUGGGCUGUGGGACACACGAGUCAGGGGCACCUGGCAAGGAGCCCCCAGCCCCCACACACACUGGGCAGGCAUCCGGGGCGUGGAAUCUAGAAGGCGUCCAGUGACCUGUUUCAGAGGCUGAAGACCAAGCCGGGCCUUCUGACCACCCGAGGGCCUCCGGGCCGCUGGGGAGGAAUGGCUCCAUCGGGGAGGCCUCUCUGGGCUCGGCUGGUUUUCCUGCCUGUAAAAUUGGGUGAGAGCACCUGUGAGGGGGCCCUCCUCCAGCCUGGCGUCCACAGGUCAGCAUCAGAGGAGCCUGGUCUACACGGCGGGCAGCGUGGCCUGGCUCUGUUGUGGCAUGUGGGUGACAUCUGCAGCUUACUCAGGUAAGGGCUUGAAGCCAAGAGCGUGGCGCUGUGGCGCAGCAGGUAGAGCUGCCACCUGCAGCACUGGCAAACCCACACGGACACCGGUUCACGUCCCAGCUGCUCCACUUCCAAUCCAGCUCUCAGCUAACAGCCUGGGAAAGCAGCAGAAGAUGGCCCGAGGCCUUGGACCCCUGCUGCCCACGUGGGAGACCCAGAUGGAGUUCCAGGCUCCUGGCUUCAACCUGGUCCAGUCCUGGCUGUUGUAGCCAUUUGGGGAGUGAAGAUUAUCUAUCUAUCUAUCUAUCUAUCUAUCUAUCUAUCUAUCUAUCUCCCUCUGUAACUUUAUUUUCAACUAAAAUAAAUACAUAUUUAAAAAAUAAGAUAAAGAGCAGCUAUGGAGCUGUGAACAGCAGCAAACGAACUUGAAAGGUGCAGAGAUUCUGUCAAUAACACUGAGGGGGCAGGGCAGAGGCUCAGAGGGGGCGGGGGCUUGGGCAUUGAUUAGGAAGCUGAACUUGAGGAAGGAGGCGAGUGGGGCCUGCUCUCCUGAGGGAACCUGGAGGGAGAGACUUCCCGCUGGGCAAACAGAAGGUGGCUGAGGCCCACUUGGGGUUGAGACAGGCCCAGAGGCCAGGCACGGGGAGCGCCCUCAGGCCCUGUUUGGCCUGCUGUCUCCCAGGAGAGCUGAAGUCCCCACCCAUCCACCUUCCCUGGGCAGAGCCUCAGGCAGGGGUGGUCCCAGUGACUGUGCAGCAGGAGUCUCAUGGCCACACGAGCUGGGUCACUUCCAGAGUGUCCGAGCAGACCAACGUGUGUGGUUUCCAAGUCCCAGGUGACACUGGUGCUGCUGGGCCAGGGAGCACACGUUGAGAACGGCCGCUUUAGAACAAUGGCAGACCCUUCCCCCAGCCCCCCGCGCAGGCUGGGUACAGCUCGGUCUCGACCACCAGUUCCCCCUGCUGAAACGGGGUGGGCCCUGGGUUCUGGGAGCGUGGCUCCGCCCACGUCACCUCCUGGGAGUCGCCAGACACAGCACGGCCUCCUGGGUCCAGAAUGCAUUUCUCUGGCUUCGAGGCUGGGCCUGCCGGGGCUCUGUGUCCCUCUGUCCCCUCGUGCCUGCCUGCCGUGCACCUGCUGUGCCUUGGCAGGGCGCUGGGGAGGAGGACAGUUGGAACAGAGGCCUGGGGCGGCAGUGGCUGGGCCAGCGAGCUGCCUUCCCUGAUGGCAGCUGGGUCUGUUGGGAGCUCCCCGCUUCCCCUGUGGGGGGGCUGGGGCCCUAAGAUGCACACAGCAGGCACCGGGCCUUAGCAGCGCAGCUGUGCACUUGAAGGCUUGGCUUUGUCCCGCCCUCAUGUUUUGCCAGACAGGAAGCUCCCUCGGGCCUCACUUUCCCCUGGGCUCUGCGGCAGCCUAGAGAGGCUGCUGAGUGUAUUUGGAGGACAAAAGUCCUCGGGUGUCUCGUGAAAUGUCCUCCCAGCUGCACCCCAGGAGCCCAGACACCAAGGGCCAGGGCUGGGGCACUGCGGAGGCCGAGGGCUCAUUACCGGCCAGCGAGGCCCGGCUUGGCGCUACUUCAGAUGGAGACGUUCCUCCUCCAGACCCUGCUGGAGAAGCCGGCGCUCAGGGAGUGGCUGGUGCUGGGGACAAGCUCAGCACUGUCCGGUCCCCAGACCACAUACCGUGGGAUAGCCCAAUCACUCGGAGUGGUAGCUUUAAAAAAUAUCCGGCCGGCGCCGCGGCUCACUAGGCUAAUCCUCUGCCUUGCGGCGCCGGCACACCGGGUUCUAGUCCCAGUCGGGGCGCCAGAUUCUGUCCCAGUUGCCCCUCUUCCAGGCCAGCUCUCUGCUGUGGCCCGGGAGUGCAGUGGAGGAUGGCCCAAGUCCUUGGGCCCUACACCCCAUGGGAGACCAGGAGAAGUACCUGGCUCCUGCCAUCGGAUCAGUGUGGUGCGCAGGCCGUAGCGUGCCGGCCAUGGUGGCCAUUGGAGGGUGAACCAAUGGCAAAAGGAAGACCUUUCUCUCUGUCUCUGUCUCUGUCACUAUCCACUCUGCCUGUCCAAAAAAAAAUAUAUAUAUAUAUAUAUCCAUCUAUUUGAAAGUCAGUCAGAGAGAGAAAGAGAGAGGUCUUCCAUCACUGAUUCACUCCCCAAGUGGCCACAACAGCCAGGGCCAAGCCAGGCCAAAGCCAGGAGCCAGGAGCUUCUUCCUGGUCUCCCCCUUGGGUGCAGGGGCUGAAGCGCUUGGGCCAUCUUCCGCUGCUUUUCCCAGGCUGAGUGGUGACGUUUAAACCUUAGUGUUUAUUAAAAUCAUCUGUGAUAGGGGCCGGCGCUGUGGCACAGCAGGUUAAUGCCCUGGACUGCAGUGCCAGUAUCCCAUAUAGGCGCCGGUUUGAGACCUGGCUGCUCCACUUCCGAUCCAGCUCUCUGCUAUGGCCUGGGAAAGCAGUAGAAGAUGGCCCAAGUCCUUGGGCCCCUGCACCCACCUGGGAGACCCAGAAGAAGCUCCUGGCUCCUGGCUUCAGAUCAGCUCAGUUCCGGCCAGUUGCGGCCAAUUGAGGAGUGAACCAGUAGAGGGAAGACCUCUGUGUGUGUGUGUGUGUGUGUGUGUAACUCUGACUUUCAAAUAUGUAAAUAAAUCUUUAAAAAUAAAAUAAAAUCAUCUGUGAUAGUUGCUUUAAAAAAAUAGAGACAGCCAGGGUUUGAUGCUCAGAGAUUCUGAUUUUAGGGCGGGGCCUAGGAAUCUGGAUUUUUUCCAAGCUCCCCAGGUGGCUCCAAGGCAGACAACUGUGAGAUCGUGGAGUGAGAAUUCCUGGGCAUCUAGAAAUCAGCACAAGGCUGGUGUGGUCUGUAUCUCCCUGUCUUUCUUAGGGGAGGGCUUUGGAAAAAGAGAAGCAACCGAAGUGGCAGCCAAAAGCUCUUUGACGGCAUAAAGAUGGACAAGGCGUCAACUGCAGAACGCAUAAAAAUUGCUAACAGUAACAAGCUGCAGGAAAUGGUGGAGAAUUGAAAAGGGAUCAGUAUUUUUGUUAUUGGAAGAGUUCUUACAAAGAAAACACACACACACACACACGACAGCAACUGCUCGUAUCCAGCAAAUCACCAAACAAAGCAAGCUGUACACAUGACAGUUACUUCAACCAUAUAAUUUUUGCCCCUUGAUAAAAAGUGUGAGCUGGAGGUCUGGGGCUCUGCAGCCCAGCGCCCUCUUUGCACACACACUCUGGAAAGCAAUCAGAUACGAGGUCUCAAAAGCCUUAAAAUGUUGAUGGCCCCCGGCUGAGUGACUCUGGCUCGGGAACUUAAUAAAACCCAAGCUAUGUGGUUCCACGUGGCAGAGGCCAACUCGCUUGACCUAGGCUAAAGCAGCAAGGCCUGGGCUGCUCCCACUGGAAAGACAGGGGCCUCUCGCUUGAGCCCCUGCUGCAUCGGGAGCCGACGGUAUAUCUUGUCUUUGGGCUCCAUCCGCUCACCUAGCCCUCGGCUUUA